AGUUCGAUUUUAAAAUCAGACAACUACCACUAUUUCCCAUGGCAAACGUAAACAGAAUUUGUUGUAUUGUACUAAUUGCAGGUUUUGCAUUUGUCAAAGGUGAAAAUGUUGUAACAUCCGAAUGUUUGGUUUGCAUCUGUGAAGCUGCUACUGGGUGCAAUUUCACUAAAGAUUGUAAUUUGAAUUCAAAUGCAUGUGGUCCGUUUAGAAUUACGAAACCCUACUGGGCAGGUGCUGGGAGUCCUACGCUUCUGGAUGAAUCUCCCCAGUCGGUUUCAGCUUUUACACACUGUACUAACCUUUAUUGUUCCAUUAAAACUGUUCAAAUGUUUAUGACGAAACACGAGAGGGACUGCAAUGGUGAUGGUAUAAUUAACUGUGACGAUUUUGCUGCGAUUCAUCAACUGGGAUGGAAAGACUGUGAAAAAAAACUGCCAGACGACUUCGUAUCACCUUAUCAGAAGUGUAGAAGCAUGUUACUUAAGAAAAUGAAUUGGGUCGUCUUGAAUAUUGUACGCGGAUGA